UUGAGUCAAUAGAAAAAAACAAGCAAAUAAGAAACAACAUCAAAAAGAGCGCCCAAAAUUUGGCAAAUCUUAGAAAACUCCAUAACCCAAUAUGAAUUUGAAUGUCCAAACUUGAUUGUUUUGAACCAACAAUAAUAUCUCUUUCACUCUCACCCAUGUCCCAACGAUCCCCGUCUCUUCCAUCAGAGAAGAAGAAGUACAAAGCUGGGGUUUUUGGUGACGUUUAUGGUAUAAUGAUGUUGCCUAAAGAGCUUGAGCUCGAGAAAGAAGUUGUGGCGUCUCCUUUGGAGCUUCGUUUUCAGCUUCCCGAUUUCAGGACUGCCAUUCAGAAUGUUGUGAAGACAAGAGAAGUAGGAGAGUUUCUCAGUGGCGCUUUAGCAGGGGCAAUGACUAAAGUUGUUCUUGCUCCUCUCGAGACCAUCAGGACAAGGAUGGUAGUGGGUGUUGGAUCCAAAAAUAUUUCUGGUAGUUUCUUUGAGAUCAUUGAACAGCAGGGUUGGCAAGGAUUGUGGGCUGGCAAUGCAAUCAAUACGCUUCGAAUAGUUCCUACCCAGGCAAUUGAACUUGGAACAUUUGAGUGUGUAAAGCGAGCAAUGACAUCAGCACAAGAGAAAUGGGGUAAAGAGGAAUGCCCAAAGGUGCAAAUUGGUCAUGUCACUCUAAACUUUUCUCUCAACUGGAUAUCUCCGAUUGCUGUGGCUGGUGCAGCUGCAGGAGUUGUUAGUACACUUGUGUGCCAUCCUCUUGAAGUUUUGAAGGAUCGAUUGACUGUGAGUCGUGACGUAUAUCCUCAUUUCAGUGUUGCAAUCAGCAAGAUUUACAAGGAUGGUGGGGUCGGUGCUUUUUAUGCUGGUCUUUUACCUACGUUGAUUGGUAUGCUCCCAUAUAGCACAUGUUACUAUUUCAUGUAUGAGACAAUGAAGAACUCGUACUGCCGAUCAAAGAAGAAAAAGACAUUAAAUCGACCAGAGAUGCUCCUUCUUGGAGCUUUUUCAGGUUUGACAGCUAGCACCAUCAGCUUUCCAUUAGAGGUUGCCAGAAAGCGGCUGAUGGUAGGAGCUUUGCAGGGUAAAUGUCCUCCUCACAUGGCAGCUGCACUUUCUGAAGUCAUUCGGGAGCAGGGUUUGAUGGGCCUAUAUAGGGGAUGGGGUGCAAGCUGUUUAAAAGUCAUGCCAUCAUCUGGGAUAACCUGGAUGUUUUAUGAAGCUUGGAAAGACAUUCUACUUUCCGAGAAAGUUUUCCUAUGACAAAUCUAACCAAAUCCAGUUGAGUCCAAGAUUGGGGCCUUUUCUCAAAAUUAUGUGUUCGAAUGUGCUUGUGUGCGGGUAAAGCUGGCAGAUAAUGCAUCAAUGACAAUCUGACAUUAAUCAGUGUCAAGCAGAUUUGUGAUUUGAUUAUAGGGGAGGGCUGCAUUUUUCUUAAGAGCCCAGUGCAAUGCCUAAACAAAAUAUUUGAUUAGCUUCCAAUUUUGGUAUUACAUAAAUAUUGAUAUUGUAUCAACAGAUUUCUUAUAUUAUUUGAAGAAUGUUUCUCAUA